AUGGUUGACCGUUUAGUAAAUAGUGAAGUAAAUACUCGCCGUAUUUUAAAUGUUGAGGCUUGUUUCGGAAGUACUGGUCAACAGUUGGCAGCAUACGGACGGGUUUUGGUCGGUGAGGGAGUAUUGGUGAAAAUGUGUAGGAAAAAACCUAAACCGCGCCAGUUUUUCCUUUUCAACGAUAUUUUGGUGUAUGGCAAUAUUUUAAUCUCAAAAAAACGUUACAACAAACAGCAUGUAAUUCCACUGGAAGAGGUGCAGCUACAAGAUCUUGACGAUGAGGGAGACAUGAGGAAUGGUUGGCUCAUUAAAACAAGAUUGAAGUCAUUCGCUGUUUUCGCAGCAACAAGUACAGAGAAGAAGGAAUGGAUUUUACACAUUGAACGUUGCGUACAUGAUAUUCUUACCCGAGGUGGAAAAAAACCUGCAACUGAGCAUGCUGCAGUUUGGGUGCCUGAUGGUGAAGCGACUAAGUGCAUGGCUUGUCAAAGGACACAGUUUACCGUCAUACAGCGCAGGCAUCACUGUCGCGCUUGUGGUAAUGUCGUAUGUGGAACAUGUUCUUCACACAGUUAUCGUAUUCCUGUAAGUAAAAGGCCUGUUCGCGUUUGUGACAGUUGUUUUGCGAAAUUUGUUUCGAAGGAUUCUGGGCACUCAAAUGCAGUUACCUCUGGACCAGGCAUAUUAAACGAUGGGUCAAGUGAUUCUGAUGAUGAAGAUAAAAGUGUUACUUACGACCUACAGCCCACAUUCUACAGCAGAAUUGGAUGUGGUGAAGAGAAAAAAAAAUGCUCAUCCUUUGUGGAGUAG